CGCAGGAAAAAUCUCAUAGCGCACUCUAUACUCAACUAUGCUAGAUUAUGUUAUAUCUUGGCUGUAUUCAACGCUAGAGGCGUGUGGUGAAAGAACUACUUAAAAAGAACCACAAGUGAGAAGAAGUGAUUGUGGAUGCUUAGUUGCUUCUUUCGUAGUUUUUAAGCGAUUUCCGUGUUUUAUCAAUUGGUUACACCUACCGAAUCGAUAGCUAAGGCAAUUAUAGUAUUAUACGAUUUUAAAGCAGAUUAGACAGCUAAGAUGUCAUUCCGAGACAGAGAUCGUGGAGAUAGACGUCCUAGUGGAGGAAGCCGAGGAGGCAAUCGAUUCGGAGGGCGAGACAGUGGGAGCCGAUUCAGUGGCGGAGGUAGAGACUCUAGCAGAGAUGGAGGAUCGUUUGGAGGUAAUUCUUUUAAAAAUAAGCAACCAGGUGAGCGUCUACGCAAGCCACGAUGGGACAUGAACAGUCUGCAGCCAUUCCGCAAGGAUUUUUACCAGCCACAUCCAAACGUAUUGGCCCGUAGUCCCCAUAUGGUUGAAAUUUAUCGAUCAAAUAAAGAAGUCACUGUCAAAGGAAGUAACAUUCCAGGGCCAAACAUAUAUUUUGAGGAGGGAGGAUUCCCUGACUAUGUCCUCAAUGAAAUUCGAAAGCAAGGUUUUACUGAGCCAACUGCAAUCCAAGCGCAGGGCUGGCCCAUUGCUCUUUCUGGACGCGACAUGGUUGGUAUUGCCCAAACCGGUUCAGGAAAAACACUAGCUUACAUCCUCCCAGCUAUAGUGCAUAUUAACAACCAACCGCGUCUUGCCCGUAACGAUGGACCUAUCGCUCUGGUCUUAGCACCCACAAGAGAAUUAGCUCAACAAAUUCAGCAAGUCGCAGCUGAUUUCGGAAGCACCUCUCAGGUCCGAAACACCUGCAUAUUUGGUGGAGCGCCAAAGGGACCACAAGCUAGAGAUCUAGAAAGAGGUGUAGAGAUCUGCAUUGCAACACCAGGGAGAUUAAUAGAUUUCUUAGAACGAGGAACUACAAACCUACGUAGAUGCACUUAUCUCGUACUUGACGAAGCUGAUCGAAUGCUGGAUAUGGGAUUCGAACCACAGAUUAGAAAAAUUGUUGAGCAAAUUAGACCAGAUAGACAAACUCUGAUGUGGUCCGCAACCUGGCCCAAGGAAGUUCGCAACCUUGCUGAAGAGUUUUUGACUGAUUACAUUCAGAUUAAUAUUGGAUCACUGCAACUAGCAGCAAAUCAUAAUAUCCUGCAAAUUGUUGACGUUUGUGAGGAGUAUGAGAAAGAAGGAAAGCUCAUGAAACUCCUCGAAGAGAUUUCUAACGAACCUGAAAAUAAGACAAUCAUCUUCGUUGAGACGAAAAGAAAAGUAGAUGAUAUCACUAGAGCUAUCAACAGAUUUGGGUGGCAGGCCAUCGGUAUCCAUGGAGAUAAAAGUCAACAGGAACGAGACUACGUUCUAAAUCAAUUCCGGGCUAGCAGAUCUGCUAUCUUAGUUGCAACUGAUGUGGCAGCUCGGGGUUUAGAUGUGGAAGACGUCAAAUUUGUGAUAAAUUUGGACUAUCCCUCAAAUUCUGAGGACUACGUACAUCGCAUUGGUCGUACUGGACGUUCCCAAAGAACUGGAACUGCAUAUGCCUUUUUCACACCUGGGAACGCUCACAAAGCUAAUGACCUGAUUCAAGUUUUGGAGGAGGCAAAACAAGUCGUCAAUCCGAAAUUAUAUGAGCUUUCCCGAAACCCUGGCGUUUUUAAAAGAGGAAGAUUUGGAGGUCGUAGUGGAGGAGGUGGAGGUUCCGGAGGACGUGGGAGUGGAGGAUUACGAAGUUCACGUGGUGGUCGUGACGGUGACAAAGGGGGAAGGUAUGACCGUGGAAGCGGUGGAGGAGACAGAAACAGCAAAUGGGGGAGUGGAGGAGGAAGCAGCUACGGCAGUAAAUCAUUUCCGUCAAAUAAUUACAGUAGCAACAGUAAUAGCGGAGGUAGUUAUGGUCAGAACAACGGAAACAGUUAUGGCAGCGGUGGAGGAACAGGUGGUAGUAGUAGCGGUGGCUACAGACAACAAAAUGGAUAUUAAUGAGAAGAUUAUGGUUGACAACAUUGGAUGAUUCAAUUGAUAGUCAUUGAAACAAGAGAUAGGAACUCAACAAGAUGAACAAAACAAGAGACAAUGGUCUGAUCCUGAACAGUAGAUUGGAGCACUAUGAUUUAUUUCAAAUAAUUUUUAUACGUUAUCAGUUGUGGGAAUCUGUUAGUCACAGCUUGUAAAAAGUUGUUACAAAUUUCUAAUUAUUCAAAAGCAGUGUACUACAAUGUGAUUUAUUUACGCGAAAUAUUUCUUAUUUGAUUUUCUGAUUUUUUAUUUGUACAGCUUCAUUAUGCCCUCGUAAUGAUGUUUUAUAACUGUCGUACGUUCGUUCGUAGACAUGUAUACACUGCUACCUUAUUUGCGUAUUAUGAGAGAAUUUAUUAGACCAUAAGAGCGUGUAGCAUACAUAGUGGUAUGUAUAAAAAAAAAAAAGGAAAAAACCCAUGUAUGAAAAUGUGCAUUUUUCUAGAUAUUCAAUAUAUUAUAUGUAUACAAACUACUAAACAUAAAUUGUUACUCCUUUUUCUCUAUAAUUUUUCACUAUCCCGUGUUCCAUAGUGAAGGAAAAAUACCGAGCCAGUGUAGUUAUUCGGUGACGUGGUUGCAGAGCUCUUGUAAAGAAUAUGCAUUUAUUUACAGCUUUCAUAGUUCCUUUAUCAUAUCUCCCGUUCUAUUUUCGGUCUGGGGAAGUAGAUAAAUUUGUGCCAACUAACAAUGAGAUACUGAAAAUUCUUUCGGGUGCUUUUGUAGUUUUAGUCCCGAACAUCCACGCAGGUAAACAACUACCGGCAUUAUUGUAUUGUAUUUAAUAUUUUAUCAGCUAGAAAUAAGACGAUAACGUAACAAUAAGUGUAACGCAAAAAUAGGCGAAAGUUUUCUCCGUUAAUGUAAAGUUUCUUAUCAUCGGUUCCAUCCUAUUAUCUGCGAACUCUAUGAACCGUACGACCUUUUAGAAAGUUGAUAAAAGUAGGCGGUCAAGCUCACGAAAAUUGAUAACAAUUAGAGGAAUGAUGAAUCAAAGAAUAAUCAUGAACGUGUAUGAGAUAAUUCUGCAAUCAUACGAUAUUGAUAAGGAUAGGAAUUUCGCAGCUUGAGAACUUCUAGCAAAAAGGGGUCGCAUUAUAUUCAUAAUCGGUGCCCAUUAAACAGAGAGAUUCUUUAUCAGAAAUCAUACGAUGCGCGCAGCGUAGCGCGCAAUUCGAUUAAUUUUUCAGUAUAAAACGUAUUCAAAUCGUUGACGACUGAGGAUUUGUAUUUUCAUUAUCAGUCAACGUUCAUAUAUUCUUAUUAUAUUCUUACACGCGAUUCAUUAUCGAUACCAUACGUACACCGGUAAUAUUUACAUAAGCGUGCAUUAAGACCGGCGGUUUUUAGCAACCGCGGUAGUAACAUAGUCUUAUUGUUAAUUUUAUUCCGCUGAGUCACAGUUACAAUGCAAACUUAUGAUUUGUUAAAUUCUUACUUAUUGCCAUUAAUGGCAUGCAUUUAAAAAGCGCUUCGACAACCUGUUGAUUAUAAUAAUUUGUUGAUGCGUAAGAUCAAUACUGGGAGUUCUCACGAUCUUUGAUUUAGUCUUCCGCGAAUUCUGCGAAGAUCAUUUCCCAAUAUAAAUCGGUGAAUCAUAGUUUCAUCGUCAAACUUUUUGCAUUCCACUGUUUGAAUCGAAAUAUUGUAAAGUUCCAUUCGAAUAAUCGAGCAAUUCAUAAAAUCUUUCAAACGCGUAUUUUUUCACGCUCUGGACGUUUGAGAAAAAUAAUUACAAUUUACAGAGCAUUCAUUAAUUUUUAUUUCAAGUGCCAGGUAAUCGUACACCAGCACCUGUAACUUUCAAUUAAUUGUCGCAUUAUUCGGUUGUAUGUAUGCACAUACAUUCCUCCAAGUAUUGCACAUACGAAUAUCAAAAAGUAAGAACUUUUUUAUCGGGGUUUGAAUGAUUAAAAAGAGGUGGGGGAAGACCGCUUAACCGAGGGUGACCGAGGUGAGGCGUCGCGAUUCGCGCAGUGUACGCCGGGAAUUUGGAGGCGUCAGAUGUGGGGUGGUGUCUUUUAACGUACUUUCGACGCAGGAACGUACAAACGUACCGAAGUCUGAUAAGAAGGAAAAAAAGAACAAG